AAACCAAAACCGUUGAAAUUGAAAAUUGAAAUGUUGAAUCUCAAACCUUGAAGUUUGCUGUUUUGAAUAGUCUGCCUAUUUUGUAUUUUCCAUUCCCAAGUUGUUUUAUUACUUGUUAUUCACAGUUUUUUCUUAUUGUUUUAAAGUUGGAACACAUAUUUCUACAUUCUCGGAGAGUAUGAGUAUCAGUUUGAUAGAUUAGUUUCAUUUCAAACCUGUUUCAACAGCCUGAAAGUUAAACUAAAACGUUAUCUCUCAAAUUAUUACGCAAUCAAUAACGUGUUUAUCUGCAGGCAAUCAUGUAUUCGCAGUUGAAGACUGAACAGUCAUCAAAUGGUGUCGAAAAACCUUGGAGCAUGGAUAUGAUAACACGCCGUUCUAAACGUCGAAGUUCAAUUCUGGGCAAGGGAAGAACAAGUGUGAGGUUGAGCAUUGCUAGCACAGUUUCUUCUGUUGUAGAAACAAGUCCUGCAAAGAAUGAAGUCACCAAAACAAGAGCAGCAGCUGGAGCCGCCAGGAAGCCGAUAGCAGACGAUGUUCUACGCCAUUUCGCGAGGACGAACGGAAUCAAUCCGUUGAACCCGUUUGCGAACCAGUUGAAGGAGAGCGUUGGCAGUGGUCAGUCGCUGGACGAAAAUGAUCUGGGAAGCACCAGCUGUAGCGCGCCCUCGUCCAGUAGUGAGGGGUCGGCGAGGAAGGAGGACCCAGACAUCACCGGCGUCUUCUUCAUGGAUGACGUGGAGUCGGUGAAAAAGCGUCAACAACUGGAUUCCGCCUCCAGCCUGGGGGAUGCCGAAAUGGGGGCGUCACAGCCCCCCUCCCACCAUCAUCUGGUGCCUUGCAACCUCAUGACAAAGGAGCCCUUCAGGGACACAUUCAAGGACAAGGACACUUUUAAGGAGCCCUUCAGGGACACCUUCAAGGAUAAGGACACCUUUAAGGAGCCCUUGAAGGACCAGUCAGUCAGGCUGAACAGGAGAGGUGUGACAACAUCCAGCGCUAGUAAGAGACGGACUAUGGGUGCGAGUGACAAACCUACCAGGGAUUACUCAUCCACUCGUCAACCGGUCCUCUCUCCGGUGGAACCUAUUCUGCGCUCCUCCUCUUCCCUCUCACUCAGCAGCAGUCUGUCAGCCUCGCUACGCGCGGCCACCGAACCAGAGCCAACAUCCGAUAUUCGCCGAAGCCUGUCUACCACCGACCUCACCAAUGGCAUAGCUGCAACUGCAACUGCAUCCAGCCGCGAUGCACUCCGAGCUGCAUCCGAAAUGCAGUUCGAAGAGAUGUGCAAGACACGCUGUGAGAGUGUUGCGCCGUUGUCCGGGGAUUUGUUUGUUUCGAAAAAAUCAUCCACGAACGUUCGAUCAGACUCACAGGACCGGAAUAUUCACCGUGUACGAUCUUCAGAUUCAUCAGCAUUGGAUCAAAUGGGAGCUGACAGACAGGACCGUCAAAGUCGUCGUUCAUCAGCAUUGGAUCAGAUGGGAGCUGACAGACAGGACCGUCAAAGUCGUCGUUCAUCUGCAUUGGAUCAGAUGGGAGUUGACACACAGGACCGGAAAAGUCACCGUGUACGAUCGUCAGAUUCAACAGCAUUGGAUCAAAUGGGAGGUCACACACAAGAUAGGUCUUCCACAAAAGUUCGAUCUUCAGAUUUAACAACGUUGAAUCAAAUGGAUUCUCACUCACAUAAAACACACCUAGAUAGUAGAUCCACUGGCAAAUCUAAAGGCAGAUACUCUGUAGCACUACACACUAGUGACAGUAAUGAAAAUCAUACAAAAAAAUCUAGGCCCUCAGUAAUGUCAGACCUGAUCAUCAAUCACAAAGACAAGUAUGAUGAUGACAUUUUCUCGAAGAAAGACAAAGAUAACAAGAAGUUCUCUGAUGAGAAGGAAUCAUCUGUGGCAGAUGUAUUGAGUCGUAGCAAGCACAUUGAUGACUUAUUGAAAAGGAUUGAUUUGUCAGUCAAGGCUAAUAGACAUACCGAUGAUGACCUAACUGAAACUAGGAAUAUUGAUGGAAGCUCCUCGAAAAUUGUGAACGAUAAGAUGGAAACUAGAGGCACUGUUGAGGAGAGAUCUACUUCAAUAUUUUUGAACGAUUCUGUGGUUGGUAUUGCUGAAAGAUCGUUCUCUGUCAAUGAUAGGGAAGUUGUUGGAAAUAGGGUUGGAUCUUCAAAAGUGAUGAAUGAUUUGAAUGGGGGCAGUGAUGAGAAGGAGGUAUGCAGCAAGUUUGAUCGAACUCUGAACUUUGAAGAUUGUGAUAACAAUGAUGAAGAUGAUGAUGGAGACAGAACAUUUGUGUCCAAUGAAUCAGCUUGCAACAACACGUCACUUGUAAAUGGUUACACAAGUGCUGGCAAAAUUAAAAAAUUGAGUCUAAUCGAAGAGGAGGAGGAACUGAGGUCAAGGAUGUCAUCAGCUUCGGCCAACGAAAACGAUAACACAUCACUGCUGGAGUCGACAAUUCGCGGCGGAAACAUUUCAGAUGGCAGCACUGAUUUGGGCGGGAAAAUCGGCGACAAAAUGGCCGCCAUUUUGGAUUGCCUGAAAGAGAGUCAGCGGGUGUUCACCAGGAAACAAGCCGAGUUUGUAGAACAGUUGAAACGGGAACAGGAUGAGUUUGUGAGACGACAAAACGAGAAAAUUGCCGGCUUCGACAGGUUUGCAACCAGUUUCCAACAGGAACAGGCAACUACGUUGGCUGCACUGUGCGAGGAUGUUGCCAACCUUGUAGCUGGAAAUAGUUCGGAUGACGAUGUGUUUCAUACCGCGAUGAAAAAGCCGUUGAACGUGGAAACAAAGGAUUCCAGCGCCAUCUACAGUUCUUUGAAAUCGGAUUUCAAGUGCUUGAAAACGCCCAAUGCUAGAGUGAAUAAGAAGACGGCUAAUUUGAAUAAAACUAUUCUCACCCCGCAUUCUAUGUCGGUUUGUGUACAGGAGCAAGUGAGUAUGUUGUUUGAUUCAUGAAUAUGACUGAUUUUAUAGAGAGAGAAAACUGUUAUAAGGUGUGAAGUCUUUGAAAAAAUUUUGUCUACAACUUAUUGGUAGGUUUUAUUAAAUGUCCAUUAAAACUUUGAGAAAAAUUAAAAAAAAUAAUCCACAAUUUAUAUUUUGUAUUCACAACUGAUUAUCCUUGAAUGUUUGUACAAAGACAAAAAACAUAAUGUUUGAAAGUUGGCGAAGGCUUGAUGAGAUGUACAAUUUACUUUGUGUUUUUCAAUGUUGUCUUGUUAGUUGUUACAAAUGUUUUUCCAAAGAACAAAAUAUAUACUAUGUUUGAAAUUUACUGAAGACUAAAAAUUAUUGUGGUAAGUAAUAAAUUUGUGUUUUUCAAUGUUCAUUUAUUACUACUUUCUUCAGAUUCUUUAUAAAUUAGUUUUAACGAAAAAUAAUCAAAAUAUUGUGUUGAAAAUAAGUAAAGACUGUGAAAAUUAGGUAAGUAAACAAGUUAUUCGUGUUUUUCAUGUUCUCUAGUUGGUAACGAUUGUUGAUAAUUGACAUUUUGGCUUCUCCAGUUAUCGCUGUUAUUAGUUAUUACGUUACCCCAAUUUUCAGUUUUGUCUGAUUGUCUUUGAAUUGAAAUAAACUUACAAUUAUUUUAAUAUGUUAGGAUAUGGAAAUUGUUAUGUAUGUUGUAUUGAGAUGCAAACCAUAUGAAUUAGACAUCACGCUCAACAAAUAAUUUAAUUUAUUAUCUGAGAUAAAAAGAUCAAGUUAUAAGAAUUGAAGUUGUAAGAUAAAAUUGAGGUACUGUAAGUUGUUCUAAAAUUCUGGAGACAGUCUCAAUUGUGGGCAUAUCUGUCAGUAUUUUGUUUCCAUCUUUUAAUCUCUAUUAUUUGAUAAAUUUAUGUAAUCAUUAUUCAUUUAUAUUGUAUUUAUUUAUUCAUCAAUUGACAAUAUUCUGUUCCUUGAAAAUAAGUGUGUUUUAUUGCUAUUGUAUAACAAUGAUUGAUGUCUUUUUGUAUAGAAUAUUUUAAUAAAUUGAUAAUUUUUCAUACA